AUGAUUAUUUCUGAUUAUUUCCUCUCCCUUUUUCCGGACACUGCUAUUGAACGAGUCUCCUUUGUUCUCUUUUCUUCCCCUCUCCAAGAUACCUUGUUACCAUUCUUGCCACCAUAUCAUAUCCUUUUUCACCUUCUUGUCGGCAGAUCUCAUCGCGCUUAACCGAAAUAGGCGCACUCUAGAUGGUUGAGAAUUUAAUCGUGGUACCGGUCAAUUUGCAACCCGCAGUCCCCAUUCAUUUCUUAAUUUCACCUGGCACCCUUGACCACAAUAACUUACCUACACCCUUUACUAUGAUACCCAACCAAUGUCGCACUUAGCCAUACUAUAUAUCAUAAUUAUCAUACCUUUCAGUCCUCGA